AUGGCCCAGUCCAAUCCCUACCUCUUGGCCUGCGACAAUCCGUCAGCUCUGCUCGAACUCCUGCGCGCCAACCCCGGGAUCGCUUCCUCCCAGGACGAACACGGAUACUCCCUGCUUCACGCCGCCGCGUCCUACGGCCAUGUCGACCUACUGCGUGCCCUGGUGCAGGAGUUCCAUGUCGAUGUCAACCUCCUCGACGAAGACGGCGAGACCUGCCUGUUCGUGGCCGAGACUACCAAAAUCGCCCGAUGCUUAGUCGAGGACCUUGGCGUGGACUAUAACAAAACGAACGACGAAGGUUUCAAGGCCUAUGAGAAGAUGGAGGCCGACGACGAGUUCCCUCAGGUGGUCGCCUACCUCCGCGAAGUCGCUGGAGUCCCUGCCGCGGCGGCUGCAGACCCUUCUGCAGGCCCGUUGAAUGCCCCGCCACCCAUUCCGGGCAACAUGCAGGUGAACAUUGGUACAAUGUCGGAAGAGGAGGCCAGCGCUGGCGAAACUGAGGUUGAUCCCGAGUUCAAGCGUCGAAUCGAUGAGCUGGCUGCUCGCGAGGACUUCCACAGCGAGGCCACACAAGAGCAGCUGCGUGCGUUGGUCAUGGAUGCCAUUACGGGCUCCAGCUUUGAGACUGCGGAUCGGGAAACCCGGAGGAGGAAGGAGUAG